CCAGUAUGUGGAACAUGAUGUCCUUAGAGAUGCUAUACGCAGUAAUAGGUUGACAGGAAAAGUAGUUAGAAAUAUAAAAACGAAUUGAAGGGACCGCGUUUAAGGGACAACUGGUAGGAUUUCCAGAAGUGCCAGUGUUGCCAGAAGACCAGCAGAAUGGCCACCAAGCAGCUUGUCCGCUCGGCACAGACCACAGACACGUGGUCCCUAGUGUUUCCAGCCGAGCAGAGAACUUUGCAGCAUUCUGAGGCAUUUGUGAGGAAGCUGCUGGCUCUGGGGAUCUCCUCUAUUACCUACUUAAGGAAUAUUUUUCCUGAGAAAUCAUACUAUGAGCAACAUCUCGAUGGGUUGAAGCUCAAGUUGCUUAUAGACAACAGCAGUUGUCGGGCCUCCAACAUGGUGGUGUCCUGGAUGAGAGGCUGCUUUCAGGCUAUUGAGAGAAAAUAUCUAAAACGGCUUGUCCUUGCUAUACUGAACAGGGACAAUCUCAAAGAAACAUAUGAAACUUACACCUACAAGUUCCGUUACACUGACGAUGGUCCUGUUAUGACUAGUCCAGGAGGUCCUGAAAUUGCCAUUCAGGGAGAAGACACAAGAAGGGCAACACAGAAGAUGCUACGCACCAUUCUUUUUCUUACACAGAAUAUGAAACCCUUGCCAAAGAACAUCUGUUUGUCCAUGAAACUUACCUAUUAUGAUGAAGUCACCCCAAAGGACUACGAGCCACCCUGUUUUUCCCCGGUUAUUGAGUCUGAUUUCACUUUUAGCUCAAAACCAGUACUAAUAAAGGUGGGAGAUGUUUCAACCAAAUUCCACUCCAUGAAGCUUUAUGUCUGUAUUGAGAAGAAUGCUUACCUCUCUGGAGAGAAUUCACCAACUGAGCUUCAGACUCAAGAAGGAUCGCAAGAUGAAAAGGAGGAAACAGAAACUGAUAGAAAAUUAGUUCGUUCCUACUACAAGUUUUGGAAACCACUCCAUUCAUCUUCUGUAUCAGACCAGAGUGUACCUCUUACACAGUCACAAAAGGAUGAUCACCUUGUACCAACACAGACACUUCUCUCUGGUGAGGUUGAGUCUUCCCACAAUGACAUGGUUGCUCACUCUACUCAGGAAGAUGACUCCGGCAACUCAAAGUGUGAAAGCUUCCCUGUGCGCUGCCCCUGUGGAGUGCAAUGUGAUGAUGGGUUGAUGGUCUUGUGUGACAUAUGCCAGAAGUGGCAGCAUGGGAUAUGCUUUGGUAUUUUCUUGGCCAUUGAUGUAAAAGAUGGGAUGCAUGUGUGUGAGCAAUGUGCCACGCCAUCCCAGCCGUGCACUGACCCAACACUUCCAAAACAGCCGGAGCUGGCAACUUUCUGCCUGUUCCGUCGCACUCUGUCCCUCUUACAAGACUCCCUUGCACAUGGCAAAAGGAAAUCUAUAACAGCAACAUACCUUGCUCAGAUGCUUGGUGUGAAUAUUACCAUGGGCACCUUCAUCUUCAAGAAACUUAAAGAUGAAAAAAUUAUAUAUACUAAGAGGAAAAUAAAUUACAUUGACAGCCACAUGAUAACCUUCAAGGUGUUCACAAAGUAUCUGCCAAGUCAUGGGUACACUAGGAGAAUGUCAUCCCAGGAGAUGCUGGACAUCACCUCACAGACUUCACAGAGUUCAAAGUCAGGUGCCAAUGCUGACACAGAUGCUACCCCAGAUCUCGAUUUAUCUUCAGUUCAAGAGUCCAGCAUGGAACAGAAAUCCAGACAGAAAACAGAAUCAGUGAAUAAUAGCCUUGAUGAAACAGUGGACAUUGUGUCUCUCACCCAGGAUGUUACUGUUGGAACACAGAACAUUCUGCUCUCAUCCAGACCCAGUGUUGAACUCUCACAAAAUAGCUCACCCUCAGAAGCACUGGCCACAGCUGGGAACACAAUGCAGAUGCUGGAAUCACUAAAUGGUUCUCAGAAAAUUCAGGAACUCUUGCCUACCAGCAUGCCUCUUCAUUCAGGCAUGGAUGUAGAGGAGGGGUCAUCAGAGCUUGUGGAGUUGCAGGAGCCUUCUGAGGAUCGGGAAGGUGGGGUGAAAAAGUUGAGCUUGGCACGAAAGGCAAAACAAGACAAGGGACGACCGAAGCGCAAGACUCUGAGUUUGAAUAAUUUUGAAGAUCAUGGAUCUCAAAAUUCUGAUAUCUUAAUCAAGAAUAGCAUAUCUCAAGAUUCUGAAGUUUCUAAGAAGAAAAAGAAAAUCUAUCCCUAGUUUGUUUGGAAGAAAUAGAUUUUCAUUCUGUCUUUAUGGGAUUAAAAUGUACAGGAUAUGUUACUGAACAAGAUGUCUCCAUGUGAAAGUAAAAACACAUCAGAGAUGAGAGAAAGUCUUCUGCUCAUUGCCAUGACUAACCAUUUCAAAACUGUUUGAAAGAAAUGUACUACUGUAUAUGCAUUGCAUUUCAACUAACAUAUUACACUGAAGUAAUAGCUGAUGAGUUCCCUUGCUCAAUUACAUCAAUUAGAACAAAACUUGAAGACACAUUACGAUUCAUAAAAGUCUAACAAGUAGAUUCUUUGUGUAUCACAGGACUUGGGGGUUAAAUGAAGAAUGAAAGAAGUCAGCACACUCUUAUUUUGAUAGUAGUGAUUAUGCUUUACUCAUGUAGAAGUCCAAUGAAACAAUGAUAGAUCCCUUUGAUAACACAGAUAAUUCCUUCUUAAAGGAACUGAUUAGCUAUUACUGCAGUGCAAUAUGGUAACUUACUUGAAAUACACUGAAUAAAUGUUUUUUAUGCAUUGCAUAUAAGCAGUAUGCAAAAAAAAAUUUGAAUAUAUGCAAUGUAUUUUGGGUAAAUUAUUGUAUUUCAUUGCAGUAAUAAAUAAUCAUUUUUCUUAGAGAAGUUACGUAUCUUAACAUGUCAUCAAAAGAAUUUGUAAUUUUGUUUCACACGGGUAAAGUCUUGGUCGCUUUCAAAGUAACAUACUCUGCUGACUGCUAUUUUUCUUUAACUCCUAGUUCUUGUAUACACAAUCUCAAUUGUCAGAAUUUUUAGAGAAGCUGUCAGAGAAGAUUUCCAAUUGAGGAAAAAAUGCAAAAUAACAUAAUCAAGUAUAGAAGGUUCUGACAAUGACUGUCAAAUGUCUGUGUGAAUUUUAUAGGAAUGUUUGCUGUAACCUUAUAUUUCCAUUUUAGGAACCUGAAGUAUACUUUUAAGAUGGAAUACUUAAUGUGAAAAGCUAUUCAUCACUGGUAGUGUCAGACAUAUUUCAUUGACAGAAACAGUUGUAAAGAUAACAAAUAGUACAUUGUGUAUCCAAUCAUAGGCUAUAAUUUUUUAAAGUUACCUAAGUGAGGUAGAACAUAUAAUCCUAUGAGAAUUGUGCCUUAAAGUUUCAUUCAUAAUCAGUGUAUCUGAACAUGAUUAAAACUAACUUUGAAAUAAAUCACUUGACAUAAGUAGUUUAUUCAGGUGUGCAACUUCAGAAAAUGAUGAGUCACCAUUUUUGCAAGAUAGAUUAAGUGUGCAGCUUCCUCUGUCACAAUCACCAUGCUAUGCUAUGACAUGGCACUGAAUAUUCCUUUUUAUAAUUAAUAAUUUGCUAUGAUGAUAACUUUGUCAGGGAAAAGAACAAAUGAGCCUUUUCUACUUUUUCACUUAACAAUGUAGGUUCUAUGUAUUUGAGUUUUAUUGGAUCUUUAUUUUGCAUUUAUUUUAUUUUGGGUACAUUAUGUAUGAUGUGCAUGAUAUGAGCAUCAUGUGAUAAAGGGAACUGGAAAGCUAUAUUAACCACUUCACCUUUACAUCUGUACACUGCUGCCCACUGUUCUCUAAUUUUUUUUUGUGAAUUUAAUAUCUCUCUCUCUCUCUCUCUCUCUCUCUCUCUCUCUCUCUCUCUCUCUCUCUCUCUCUCUCUCUCUCUCUCUCUCUCUCUCUCUCUCUCUCUCUCUCUCUCUCUCUCUCUCUCUCUCUCUCUCUCUCUCUCUAAGGCUGUAUUUUACUUAAACAGUGCUUAAGGACAAGUCAUUGGUUUUACAAAUUUAUAUUUACUGUAGUUUUACCAUGGAAGGCUUUAUUGCUGUUUUCAAUUACAUCAUUGUGUUUAAGUUCACUACAAUGUAACUCCAGAAAUGAAAAUAGAUUUAAGGAUUAGGAGGAAUAAUUUACCACCAAUUACUUUGGCUAUUUUUAUGUUAUGCUGGCAAGGUACAACAAACAUCAUUUCAAGUGGAAUUUUUUAUAUUUUAUAUUUUCCUUGCAUGUGACUAGUGUUCAAUCAUCUUGAUAGUAAUCUACAUUUGGAGGAAAGUAACUGAAACACUGUUUCCAAAAUAUCACAGUAAAUCAAGUGAUUUGGAUAUUUUUUUUAUGCUAGAGUGAAGCUUACCAAAAGUAAAAAAAAAAAAAAAGCUCACAAACUAAGUUCCCUAAAAGAUAAGAGAGGAAUUAGCCAGAAAACAGGGACAAAUGUUACUUUAGUUACUCAUGUAAAUAGUGAAUGCAAAGGUAAAAGAUCAUUAAGCCUAUUGACUGCUGUCACUGCUGGUUCUACACCACAUCAUGUUAUUGAGUCUGCCUGUUUUAGAUUAGUGACUUGCGGAUGUGAAAUUUUGCCAUUAAAUUGCAUAGUAUUUACUAA